AUGUCCCAAGACGACUAUGAGCUGGAUUCCUACCAGUUAUACUUAAAGUACGAAGACACACCGCCGAAAGAGGAUUGGAAGCAAGCUGCUCUUAAAGGCCCGGCUUUGCCUACUAUAGGUAAUGCUGUUGCUGGCGCCGUCGGCGCUGCAGCAUCCAACCUUGCCACCUACCCGCUGAGCCUUAUCAUUGCAAGAUUACAGACGCAGAAACAACGGAAACGGAGAUCAAAUAAUAACAAAAGUGAUGAAGAUAAAGAUAAAGAGGCCGAGGAUGAAUAUACUGGAAUCCUAGAUGCCGCGCGCAAAAUAUACGCAAAAGAGGGGAUCGGCAGUUUAUAUGCUGGAAUUGCUCAAGACACAGUGAAAAGCGUGCUUGACGCGUUUCUCUUCUUCUUAGCAUAUGAUUUCUUUCGACAAAGAAGGAUUACCGCAAGGUUUGGGUCUCAAAGUCGGUCAAAGCAUACUGUUUUGCCUGUUCUGGAUGAAUUGGCGAUUGGGGUAUUGGCAGGAGCAUUUUCAAAACUUUUCACCACACCGUUGUCGAAUAUCGUGGCUCGUAAACAAACAUCGGGGUCGUCUUCUAGUUCGUCGGAUAUAGCAGCGAAGAUUCGGGCGGAGAAGGGGAUUGGAGGAUUCUGGUCAGGAUAUUCGGCAUCACUUAUCCUCACUCUGAACCCAUCGAUCACAUUUUUCCUUAACGAAAUGCUUAAAUAUGCCAUUCGCCGUCGCAGCAGGAGCGAGAAACCUUCUGCAGCAGUCACCUUUCUAUUAGCUGCCAUCAGCAAGUCAGCAGCGUCUUCGAUCACAUAUCCGUUCUCAAUGGCCAAGACCCGCUCCCAGGUUUCUGGCCCUGAUGCGGCCUCAGGAAAGGAACGCGCGAACACGAACACCGCCGGCGAAUCGGACGGGUCAGCUUUUAUGCCGUCAAUAAUCUCGAAUGUCAUUACCAUAGCUCGCACCGAAGGAGUUUCUGAACUAUACGCUGGCCUUCGUGGGGAAGUGCUGAAGGGUUUCUUCUCUCAUGGUUUUACUAUGCUUGCGAAAGACGCGGUAUACGCUGGGAUUGUACGAACAUACUAUCUUCUUCUCAUUAUCACCCGACGAUAUCCAAGUCCGGAGGAACUGUUGGGAAGGGCUCGAGAGCGAGCUGAAGAAUACGCUGACGCCGCUCGAGAGGGUGCGAAAGACCUCGCUGAGAAAGCGAAGAGUGGCACAGAAGAAGUCCUGGAUAAUCACUCGGGUAAUAUGGCGGUUGACAUGACGUCCAAUGCUAGCCCAGUCGAUGUCGAUGCGAUGGCGUCCAACGAGACAGCGGAGCUAGUGGGUGACUACGUGGAGGAUCAGGCCAGCGAGUGGAAGAGCCUGUACCAUUGGUUCUGGGAGAAGGAGAAGCUUGGGAAAUCAUGA